UUUGCGAUAUUUAGCUCGUCAGCUCCAUUAUUCCAGAAAUACACGCACGUUUUAGACGGUUAUACACGGAGUCCGAAAGCGGGGAUGUUCGAUAUACCAAUAGAUCCAUAUCGAUGCUCUGACAUCUGGUGGCUGAUCACUCAUGAUUCAGGAUAUGGGGUGCGUUCGGCAUGAUUCUGCUCCCGGCGCAGGGUCUAGACGGUUGAAGACUCACAUCAAGGUGUCCAAAGUUGAGGGGAGUACGCGUACUCCAUGACACUGGGAGCUUACAGUGUAGACUAUGAUAUUUUAAGGACUGGCUAGACCGCGGAAGUCUACCGUGCCUGUUUCCGCUUACACUGGAAUUGACAUCCAUCGCAUUCUCGAUCCGACAAGGUGUACCACAAUCCUCAUAAUGGCUCCACGCGUUGGUGAAACUAUUCAGCCGGAUGAUCUAGCCAAAAAGGCACACCACCAGAUCUCUGAAAUGCUGAAAGAUUCCUCAAAGCGACUCUUCCUUAUGGGCGUCUUGGCCAGCGAUGAUGCUGGGUCUAACCAGUAUGCAAACUGGACUCGCAAAACCUCUCAAGAAAUCGGAGUGGAUUUCCACCUGAUGAAGUUGUCACCCGAAAAUGUGGCAACCUAUAUUCGGGCGAUCAACGCCAAUAACAGCGUCCAUGGCAUCAUCGUGUACUACCCGAUUUUCGGUGACAAGAGAGACGACGAGAUCCGACAGCUUGUCGCACCUAGCAAGGACGUCGAAGGACUCAACCAUCAGAACUUGCCCCGGUUCUCCGACGUUGCAGAAGUGUCCAGACCACCACCAAAACAAGGACGAAGCAUUAUCCCCUGCACGCCAAGGGCGGUUAUGUGGAUCCUGGAGUGGAUGGACGUGCAUGAUCGGACACGGCCCGCGGGGGAGCGACUGCAGAACCAGGAGAUCUGCAUCAUUAACCGGUCUGAUGUAGUGGGAUUGCCCCUCGCUCAGUUACUCGCGGGGGAGGGUGCUCGCGUCUACAGUGUGGACAUCUCCGGUGUCCAACUCUUCCAACGCCUGUACUAUCCAUGGCACUCCGAAGGACUGCACGGAAAAGAUCUUCCCAACUGGAGUGUGCGGGACGCCGUGCAGCGGUCUCGAGUGGUCAUCUCGGCUGUUCCAGAUCCCGCGUUCAAGGUGAAUACGAAGUGGCUUCAGCGCGGCGCCAUCUGUGUCAAUGUUUCUUCGGAGAAGAAUUUCGAGCCUAAUGUGGUAGAGGUGGCGUCCAAGUUUGUCCCCCGCGUUGGCAGUGUCACAAUCGGAGCUCUCUUGUACAAUCUCAUCCUGUGUUCGUCACGGAACUAGAGCCGUUAAUGCUUAGAAGGGAUCUUCCGAGCCGUAUGUCCGUCACGCUCUCCGGCGGUCCGAUGCAAUGUCAGACUGUGGAGUCUUGUUGUGAUCUGUCUCGUGCAUAAGUUAUAACCUAUACGAAGAAUAUCACUGCCAAGUUUGAAAAAUCUUGUCGU